AUGGAUGAAACACCGAAUGCUGUAAAGCAGCUAUAUACGGAUGUGGAGUACACCAUAGGGUCCAACCCAGAAAUGGAGAAGCAGGUGAAGCACGGCUGUGUGGUUAUCGGACGGCUGCGUGUGUACUCAAGCUAUAACUCGGGCCUUGCAUUUGUGCGUAGUGGUGCUUUCCCAGCGGAUGUUGUUGUGAAGGGAUACGGAAGUAUUAAUCGUUUUUUGCAUAAUGAUGUGGUUGCGGUGCAACUUCUUCCCAUGGAGCAAUGGGAAGACGUGGUUUCGGGUGAGUUGGAACCGGAUGGCGACGAUAAGGAUGAGUUUCGCACGAUGAGACCGGAUUCAGAGAGACUCCCCGAUGGGCGGCGCAUCACACGGUGGAUACGAGACACCACGAUGAAUAACAGAAAAAACCGAGAGAUGUGGCUGGCGGAGAUGAUGUCCGCCCCAACCCAGCACAACUGGCAUGGCAAGAAGCCGUCGGGAAGUGUGAUAGCCGUCCUCGAGCGUAAGCACCCACUGCUUUUUGUGGCCCGCUUGGCCGACGACGCGCUCUCCUCUCAGGAGGUUAUACAGGACAGACGCUUCUACCGUUUCAAAGUAUUUGAUCAAUUACUUCCUCAUAUCGCCGUUUUUGGCCGUGAUAUUCCUUUUAGCCUGCGUGAGAGUAUCAGGGAACGGUUUUACUUGUUACGUCUGGAAACGACAACUGGUGGGGACAUAGUGUGGGUGGAAUCUCGUUUUCCCACUGCAAGGAUAAUAUCCACGUUUGGUAGUGUGCACUCGUUGCGUGCAAACACUUUCGCGAUUUGCUCUGCGCACCACAUUGUCACGGACGACUUCUCAGAAGAGGCGUGCAACUGUAUACCCGACCGGCUAAUAAUUCCGAACUCAGAGGAAAUGAAACGAACCGGUCGCCGUGAUCUGCGCAGAGAAGAGUUCGUGUGUAGUAUCGACCCUGCCACGGCCCGUGAUCUGGAUGACGCCCUUAGCAUAACCUUAUUGCCAGGAGGGUACCGUGUUGGGGUUCAUAUCGCCGAUGUAUCACAUUUCGUUUCCCCGGGGUCGGCACUUGAUGAGGAGGGUCGUGCGCGGGCGACGAGUGUGUACCUUGUGGACCGAGUUUAUCACAUGCUUCCACGAAAACUGAGCGAGGAGUACUGCAGUUUGCACCCAGGGUCCGAUAAACUUGCUUUCUCUGCCAUCUUUCAGUUGGACCUCAACGGCAAGCUGAAAGGGGAAUGGUUUGGAAAGAGCGUUAUCCGCAAUCGUUGCCGCCUCUCAUAUGAUGAUGCUCAACGAAUUAUCGAUGGUAACCUAACUACCCUUGAUGCAUUAGAUUACGGUGGCGUAACGGAUCGCCGAGAGCUUUCGCAGCUGAAGGAACGUGUUGCGACGUCGGUGAAACACCUUUUCGAUCUGGCAUCCAAACUCCGCGCUGCAAGUUUUGAACGGGGUCGUCUAGCGUUUUCCACUCCUGAGAUCGGUUUUCACUUUGAGGACAUAUCGAAUCCCACGCACCCAAUUGGGUUCAAUGUCCAUAGGCAGAUAGAGGCAAAUUGGCUGGUAGAGGAGUUUAUGCUGCUUGCCAACUUACGAGUCGCCCAAAAGAUUGUGCAAUACCUUCCUGACCAAGCAAUACUGCGUGUGCACCCACCACCGAAGAGGGUUCUGUUUGAACAGCUGAAGCUGUCUCUUGCAAGAGUGAACAUUGAGCUGAAAGGACGAUCCAACAAGUCGCUCGAGCAACUUCUUAAUAGCGUGAGGGAUCAUCCGUUGCGGGACGAAAUUUCUAUCAUGGUGAAGAACACUCUGUCUCUAGCGAAGUAUUGUACAAACGGUGAAAAUUUUACUAACAAAGUUCCCCUCGGGCACUACGCUCUAGGGUUAGAGUGGUAUACGCACUUCACCUCACCCAUUCGCCGCUACGCUGAUAUCAUCGUCCACCGGCAGCUACUAUGCGCUUUGGAGAUCGAAUCAAUUGUAAAGGGGAAGCACCGCACCGGCAAGACAUGUGCGGGUGCUGUUGGAAUGGAGGUGGAAUGUCUUGACUCAGCGGAGUUUUUUACUUCCACUUAUGAAGUCAUGAAUAUUGCAGAUGAAUGCAAUGAGAAUAAGAGGGCUGCGGACAGUGUGAGCGAAGCUUCACUAAAACUAUUCUUCUGUCACUAUCUCAAGUCCUUGCGGUCUCUGUGGGUUUCGAGCAACAAAGAAGAUCCCUUUAUUCCACGCGUGGAUGCCGUCGUCAUAAGCGUGGCUCCUGAAAAAAAGGUGUUGAUGCUAUACGCAAGAGUGGUAGGGAUCAGUGUUGAGAUUAGUUUAAAAAGUAAGACACAAAAAUUUGUUGCGGAAAGCGGUAAUAAUGAGAAUAGGGAUGAGUCCAACAAGGAGGAAACUGCGUCGCUUCACAGUGAGAUAAGAAGAAAAAGAGGGAGCGCCACUGGGGGAAAUCACAGGGGUGGGGAGAGACAAAAGAGCCCUCCACGUGCGCAAGAGGCGAAGAUAACCAUCAACUGGGGGUUACACCCCCAAACUAAUGAAAAGGUUGAAGAGGAGAUUAAAGAACUCAUGAUGGUUUCCGCCGUCCUAACAAUAAAACGAAACGUGAAAGGCUAUGAGGAACCGGAUAUGAUUAUGGACCCACCGUGGUUGCGGGACGAAAAACGGAUGGCAAUACCCACAAGUCUCGUUUGA